GGAUAUAGCGGAAGCGGGGCGGGGCGCGGCCUCUUUGGUGCUGGCGGCCCGCAAAGAUGACGAAGGGCACUUCGUCGUUCGGCAAGCGGCGCAACAAGACGCACACGCUGUGCCGCCGCUGCGGCUCCAAGGCCUACCACCUGCAGAAGUCCACGUGCGGCAAGUGCGGCUACCCCGCGAAGCGCAAGAGAAAGUAUAACUGGAGUGCCAAGGCCAAGAGACGCAACACCACCGGAACGGGCCGCAUGAGGCACCUGAAGAAGGUCUACCGGCGAUUCAGGAAUGGAUUCCGUGAGGGGACCACACCGAAGCCCAAGAGAGCAGCUGUUGCCGCCUCCAGUUCAUCGUAAAGACUCAUCUGUUUGCUAAAAAUAAAUGGUCUUAUUCAGAAAAACUUCCAACUUUUUUAUAUAAAUGUUUUAAUUCAAUGAAGUAUACCUAGAAAAUAUAGGUAUGUUGACAGACGCAAAACUUUGUGAUGUAUUGAGAUGAUUCAUUAAGCAUAAUACAUUAAUUGACUUUUUACAGCAUCUUGAAAAGGAUCAUAAUCUCUGCUGAACUUAAAGGUUUGUG